UGAAAAUUGAACUAAUUGUUUCAAUUUGAAUUCAAUUGUAAGUUGUUUAUCCUUCAAGCUAAUAGUUUCAAUUUAAUGAUGAAUCAAGUUUCUUUGCUUUGUUUCUCUGUGUUUCUUUACAUGAUUUGUGAGUCAACAGUGAAUUCACAGGGAAACAUUCAAAAUGUUAACAAGCAAAACAUUGAUGCAAUGGCUAAUAACUUUCGCAGUGAAAUAAAUCUUAUGAGUGCGAAAGCUACUCAGAGCCGUGUAAGCGUGAUUAAUGAUGUAAUUAAUCGGGCAAAUUUGGUUCGAGACUCAAUCAGCCAGUUGAUCAAUUCAAUGUUCAAUAAUGUCAACACGGUCCAAAAUAGUGGAUUGAAUAAGAUCAAUAAUGAUGUUAGGUCUAACUUGACCAAUUCAGCAAAUGAGCUAAGAGCUUUACUGAAUAGACAACUCAAUGAGUGUCAACAUUAUUUACGAAUGAAAAGUGAAUAUUCAUCUGAAACCUGGAAUUUACUACAACAACAAUAUAAUCAAAUUGUGGUUAAAAUUGAUCAAAUACACCAACAAAAAGCACAGACAGUGGAUCAAGUGCAAAAUUAUUGGUUAAAAAACAUCGAAUUGUUGAGAGCAAAUUUAAACCGUAAUCUAAAUGAAAUGUAUAAAAUAGUUUCGUUUCAUUCAGAUUGGAUGGUUGAUAUCAUGAAAAAUUGGGAAUCCAAAAAUUCGGGCAAUAUGGAUGAGAUAUCAAAACAUUUGACGACCACAGAAAGUGCGUUAGAGCAACGCUUAGCUGGUGAAUCAAAUCAAUUGUCUGUUGAACUAUACAACGAAUGGAUCAAUGAGAUGAAUAAAUUGAUAACAAAAAGUGAAGCAGAUGUAAAGGAAACACUUGAAUCGAUAAACGCAUUUUUCAAUAACAGGUUGGUUGGUGAUAAAGAACGGACUCAAAUAUGGCAUUCUUUUCAUCUUGAAGAUGUUUAUUAUUAUGAUCAGCAGUUACAAAUGUCUGUCUCAGCACUGAUUUCGUUGAUUAUUGAAGAGGUAGAUCUUAUUCAACUUGAAGUAGCAAAAUUAUGUACAAAUUUAUGAAUCGACAUGCUAACCUCUCAAUUAAUUUACAUUUUCAAUAAAGUUGAUCAAAAAGAAA